AUGAAAUGUAUAAAUGUAAAUGUAUUAGGGACUGCCAUCGUCAGUCAGACCUUUUUGCCGUUACUGCGUAAAGCAUCUUCACAUGGCACAGGAGACCACAUGGGUAUCGACCGUGCUGCUAUUGUGAACAUUUCUAGUUGGUGGGCAUCCAUAAAGGGAAAUGAAGACGGAUCUGGUGAACUCGGUUCACUUGCUUACAGAAUCAGCAAAUCUGCUCUUAACCAGUUGGGCAAAACCAUGGCAGUGGAUCUGGAAAGUGAUAAGAUCCUUGUCGCUCAGUUCUGCCCGGGAUGGGUGCAAACCGACAUGGGCAAUAUGGGUGGAAAAGUGGCUGCCAUCACCGUAGAGGAAUCGACAUCCGCAUUGGUAAAGUCGAUGUCAAAAUUGACGAAAGAGCACAAUGGAGGCUACUUUGAUCGCCGUCUGAGUGUCAUACCGUAUUAG